UGUGGGGCUCUAUCCCAGGACCCUGGGAUCAUGACCUGAGCUGAAGGCAGACGCUUAACGACUGAACCACCCAGGUGCCCCCUCACUACUAGUAAGAAUUUGACUUAUAUAAAGACUGAAAACCUGUAGAUAAAUACCAUGUUUUUGUUUUUUUUUUUAAAGAUUUAUUUAUUUAUUUGAGAGAGCGAGAAUGAGAGAGAGCACAUGAGAGGGGGGAGGGUCAGAGGGAGAAGCAGGCUCCUCGCUGAGCAGGGAGCCCGAUGCGGGACUCGAUCCCCGGACUCCAGGAUCAUGACCUGAGCCGAAGGCAGUCGCUUAACCAACUGAGCCACCCAGGCGCCCCGAUAAAUACCAUGUUUUAUGACAUCAAAACAGGUUUGUGAUGUAAACUGGAUAUGCAUUUCAGGUGUUUAUGAUAUUUCUGAUAGUAAGUGGAGAUAGAAAACCCUCAUAAACUCUGAAAUAUAUGGUGUCUGAUUCAAAGCAAUUGUUUCAACUUCACCUCCGCUCUGGAUAAACUUUUAAAAAUGUACUAAUGUUAUUUUAUACCCAUGGGUAUGGGUGAAGUCCAGUAAGAAAGCACAGGAGAUUAACUGUACAAUUACCUGAAUUAGUGGCUUUUCUGAGAUUGAUAAUAAUGAAAGAUAUUCAUUAAAAAAAAAAACAAACGGGCGCUUGGGUGGCUCAGUCAUUAAGCAUCUGCCUUCAGCUCAGGUCAUGAUCCCAGGGUCCUGGGAUCGAGCCCCACAUCGGGCUCCCUGCUCAGCGGGAAGCCUGCUUCUCUCUCUCCCACUCCCUCUGCUUGUGUUCCCUCUCGCUGUGUCUCUCUCUGUCAAAUAAAUAAAUAAAAUCUUAAACAAAAGCAAAAAACUACCCUGGGAUGCCUGGGUGGCUCAGUCAGUUAAGCGUCUGCCUUCAGCUCGGGUUGUGAUGCAGGGUGCUGGGACUGAGUCCCACAUCGAGCUCCUUGCACAGCAGGGAACCUGCUCCCUCUGCCUGCCGCUCCCCCUGCUUGUGCUUGCUCUUUCUUUCUGACAAAUAAAUAAAUAAAAUAUUAAAAAUAAAUUUAAAAAACCACCCACAUGUCAUUCCCACUUUUGUUAGCUGAAAGCUAACAGUAUAGGAGGACUAUGAAGGUGAGUAGCUUGGACAGUCAGGAAAGUUAAAUUUUAGAAUUAAUCUCUUUAUUUUAUAUAAAAUGGAGAUAAUAUUGCUCAUGAGAAUAUCUGGUCAAGUGAUAGGUCAAGUUAACACAGUUACAAUUAUGGUACAUAGUCACUAACUUAAGGGAUUACUUUCACUUUGUUCUUGCAAGUGUAAAUAAAGAUCUCAUACAAAUUUGUUUACCAUGAGCAACAAAAAAAAGGACUUAAAUUAGUAGGCUGGCAACAUUUUAUAAUCACUUAGAAUUUAAUAUUGGUGUUUGAUCAUCAUCAAGUCCAGGAUAUAUAUGUUUUUAAAAUACCAAAUAUCAUAUGAAGCAAACCUUUUGGUGUAUAAUUUCCAUUAAACACAAAAGCCGUAAAUUGUAAUGUCUUCUCCAUUUUUCCAAGCACAAAAUGAAGAUAACAGUAAACAAUUAAGAUAAAAUUCUGAAUUGAAAAACUUCAGUAUGUGUAAAUAAUAUUAAAUCCCAGCAUGGUCUUUGAGCCUAAAACCAAUAAUAGUCCGCAUUUGUCUUGUUGAUUUGCAUGCACUGAAACAAAAAGCUGGAAACGAGCAUCCAUGGAAGCAAAGACACUAGGGAGGGGGCUUGGCUUUAACCAAAAGGCCAUGUGUCUUGGGAAUGAGUUUUGUGGGCCCCUCUAAUUUGCAUAAGAUGCUACAGCUGAGCAUGGAUUUGCAGCAUAGAGCUAGGGUAAAGAGAUCUGGAUUCUAGCCUCGUCAAGAUAGUUAUUCUCUGGCCCCCAGGGUACUUUACUCAUCCCCAGUUUCGAAAGAAAUUAUUUUAUGGUUUUACAUCUCAACUUUGUAUUUGGACUAAAUUCACAUGUUCAAGAUUGUUCCAUAAGUCUUCAACAAAAAAUUCUGGGUCUACCUGGAUAAAUUUCUGCAAUGCGCAGGAAGUUCAAUUUCUCUUCAGGCUAAAGAAAUCUUGAUAGCUGGUCUGGAAGUUUAGAAAUAACACUCAGAACUAAUGUUCCUAGAGGUUUUCAUGCGUUUUUGGUGUAUCGCUUCUAACAGAAGUUUCUAACAUCUCGUAUUAAAAAUCCCCAUAGUUUCCCUGCUCAGUGAAAGGGCUCCUGAAACACCUUUAUGAUGGGUACACCAUCAUUAAAAGUUCUUAGGACCUCUUCAUCUUUUGUCUCUCCUAUCACUGCCCCUUCUCCAACCAAGAAGACUUAAAAAAAAAAAAAAAAAGAUGGGAAGUGGCAAAAUUAAAGAUGUGGCAUUGGUGAAGGGCAAAAGUGGCGAGCUGACACAUUGUUUCGAUAAUUGGUUGAGAAAAGGUGAAUUACUUCCGCAAGGGUCGAUAGAUAAAAGUCUCCAGGACAUGUGUACGUGGAAUGCGUGGGUUGAACCCUGCGUGGCUCAGGGCAGGAGGUGCUAGCAUCUGGGUCGCGCUCCAGGGCCUCGGAGCCCGGCGGCCUCCACCUGCUGGAGGAGCGGUGGGGGCGGGGCUAAGAUGAGGAGGGAGGUGACGCACGCGCGAUACGGCUCACCCGGCCCGCAGCUCGACCCCCGCCCAGGCCCGGACCGCAGCAGAAUCCUCCCGCUGCCCAUCGGUGAAAAAUGGUCUCCACGAUGGUUUCUACCAUGCUCUCUGGCCUAGUGUUUUGGCUGACAUUUGGAUGGACUCCAACAUCUGCGUAUAGCCCGAGGAGCCCUGACCGGGUCUCGGAAACAGAUAUCCAGAGGCUGCUCCAUGGCGUUAUGGAGCAGUUGGGCAUUGCCAGACCACGGGUAGAGUAUCCAGCACACCAGGCCAUGAAUCUUGUGGGCCCACAGAGCAUUGAAGGUGGAGCCCAUGAAGGUCUUCAGCACUUGGGUCCUUUUGGCAACAUCCCAAACAUUGUGGCAGAGUUGACUGGUGACAACAUUCCUAAGGACUUUAGUGAAGAUCAGGGCUACCCGGACCCUCCAAAUCCCUGUCCAGCUGGAAAAACAGUAGAUGACGGAUGUCUAGAGAACACCCCCGACACAGCAGAGUUCAGUCGGGAAUUCCAGUUGCACCAGCACCUCUUUGAUCCAGAACAUGACUAUCCAGGCUUAGGCAAGUGGAACAAGAAACUCCUUUAUGAGAAGAUGAAGGGAGGACAGACACGAAGGCGGAGGAGUGUCAAUCCGUAUCUACAAGGACAGAGACUGGACAAUGUGGUUGCCAAGAAGUCGGUCCCCCAUUUUUCAGAUGAGGAUAAGGACCCAGAAUAAAGUGAAGAUGCCGGGUAGGAACCCACACUACCCGUUAGGCCUCAGUACUGCUUAUGCGCACGUGUGAUUAGAGCCCCUGUGAAUGGCAGCAUGUUUCUAAUUUAGACGAGUACGGAUGAAAAGCAGCUGUAUUUUAAUACUGCAUUGUCCUUCACACUGACAGCUCUGCUCUCUACUACUUUUUUCUUUUUAAAUAUGGAUCUGCGAUGAACAUUAAAAUUAAAGUGUAUGUAUCAACAACAGCAAAAAGCAAGACUAUGAAUGAAAUGUCCUCAGAUUUCUUGCAGUUUAAAAUGGUGUUUCGGGCUGCACUCUUUUGGCAAAGUCUGUGAAAAGCUGGCAUUUGAUUUUGAUUAUGUAGUUCACCCGGCCCUUGGGCGUUGUUACACAUCAGUAAAGAAGACUGUACUCAAGAGGAGGAACGGACACAUUUCACUUGGCUACAUCUUAAUAAAUGUGUAUGCAAGCA